AUGAAAGACCAAUCGAGAUUUGGUAGGAAGGGUAAGUUGUCACCCCGUUACAUUGGGCGGUUUCAAAUUCUUGAGAAACUUAGUCCAGUUGCACACCGAGUUGCUCUACCGCCGGGACUGGAACAAACGCACAACGUAUUGCACAUGUCAAUGUUGAGGGCCUAUCUUCGGGAUCCGUUUCACGUUAUAGACUAUCACCGGAUAGCACUUGACGAGAAUAUGGAAUAUGAAGAAUGGCCAGAACAGAUUAUUGACCAACAAGUGAAGCAACUGAAAAACAAAUCCAUUCCACUAGUGAAAGUAGAAUGGAGAGACCAUUAUGGAAAAGAAGCAAUGUGGGAAAAAGAAGAUGAGGCGCGACAAUGCUACCCACAUCUGCUUCCAAUGAAAGGUAACACAAGUUUGGAGGACCAAACUUCCUAA